CCAAAUUGCAUAACUUUCCCCCAAAAGCUUCUUUGUUGCCCCUUCAUUAUUUCCCCAGUAAAGGCCAUGUCUGCCACCGGCCAGCCAGAAUUUGAUUAAUCCACCGAAAGGGUAGCCAGACGAUUUGCUUUAGAUCCUGCAGGGAGGAGGCUGAACAGUUUUUGACAAAAUGGAGACUUUAGUCUUUUUAUUUUCAUUUUCUGCCCUUGGUGUUCUUUAUGCCAUGAACACCACUCCAGAGUUCCAAGAGCCUUAUGUGAUCCUGGAGAUCGGUGUCGCUGUGCUGGUGAUCGUGUUUCUGUUCUACUUCCUCAUCACUCGUGGCAAUCCUCCCAAAGACAUCUUAUUCUUUGUUUUUGCUGAAUUUUGUUUUACUUGUAUCAUUGACCUGACGAGUGCCUUGGAAUAUGAUGGCAUCAUUUCUGGCUUUAUGGAGUUUUACCAGAAGACAGGAGAACCCUACCUGGGGACAUCAUAUGCCAUCAUGAUGUGCUACUGGGAUGGAAUAGCUCACUUUAUCUUGUAUCUGGUGAUGAUCAGCAGGAUAACAGACAGGAAAGCCUACCGUACGCUGGGCUUGUUCUGGGCCGGCUCUUUGUGCGCCAAUAUGAGCGUGUUUAUUGCUGGAAUAGUGGCAGGUAAAUAUGGGUCAGAGAUCCGUCCGGCCUUCUGGCUCAAUUUUCUCUUCCUUUUGAUGCCUGUGUGGGGAGCCAUCUCUCUCUUCACAAGGCCCAAGGACAGACCACUAAUCGGUGGAUAUAAUGCUCAGCAAGCUCAGAGCAUGAAGCUGAUCUGGCGGCCCUUGGACCUGAUCCUGGUAGUGCUCCUGUUGGCUUCCAUGGCCUUCACCACCCUCAGAGGUUUGGUGGCUCUGGACUCUCCACUUGAAGCCUGUUCCAUAUACCUGAAGCAAUAUGAGCCCUACCUGAAGGAUCCCGUGGGCUACCCCAGAGUCAUGAUGCUGCACUUGUUCUUUUACGGACUACCUCUGCUGGGUGCGUUUGUUUACGGCCUCCUCAAACCCGGGUGCACUUGGAUGUCAGACUGGACCAUAUUUUUCGCUGGAGCCGUGAUCCAGUGCCAGUGGGCCCACAUCGGGGGGUCUCUCCACUCUCGUACCAUGGCUCCGUUCCGCAUCCCAAAUGAUGCCUUCUGGACGGUGCUGGCAGCUAACUUGCUCUAUGCAGUCACUCCCAUCCUGGUGGCUCUGCGGGUUCACAGCGACCCCUACUUCUUCUUGAAGAUCGCCCCCUUUCCCGGGCAGACAGGUUUGCCUAACAGUGAGGAGAAAGACACCAAGUACAAAGAGAAAUGAUCAUUCUUAACCUUCUCUGACCUUUGGAGUUAACUAUUAAUCUGAUGAGGCAAGAGCUGUUUUAUUUCAACUGCCUUAUUUCAAAAUGUCAAAAUACAAGAUUCUUUUGCUCAA